AUGCCCUGCCCCGGCUCUGGCCCUUCUGGCUUCUUGGCCUUUUUGGCCCCUGGACUGGCGCUGUUGGCUCACCUCUCUCUCCCCUCUCAGGCCGGGGUGAAGCGCCUUCCCGCCAGGACAAGCCCGCAGGGCACCCCGGGCAGGACGCUCAUCCUCCUGGACGUGAGUACCAGGAGCUCCCUCCGUGUCACCAGCGAGAACUUCCUCUCGCUGCAACUGGAUCCUUCAAUCCUCCACGACGGCUGGCUGGACUUCCUCAGCUCCCGGCGCUUGGUGACCUUGGCGCGUGGCCUGGCGCCCGCCUUUCUCCGCUUCGCGGGCAAAAGGACCGACUUUUUGCAGUUCCAGAACGUGAAGAACCCAGCCAAGAGCCGUGGUGGACCGGGACCGGAUUACUACCUCAAGAACUACGAGGACGACAUUAUUCGCAGUGAUAUUGCAUUGGAUAAACAAAAAGGCUGUAAGAUUGCCCAGCAUCCUGACAUCAUGUUGGAAUUACAAAGAGAAAAGGCAGCUCAGAUGCACCUGGUUCUUCUCAAGGAGCAAUUCUCUAACACCUACACAAAUCUCACACUUACAGCCAGGUCUCUAGACAAACUUUAUAAUUUUGCUGACUGCUCUGGCCUGCAUCUCAUCUUUGCACUAAAUGCUUUACGCCGGAAUCCCAACAAUUCCUGGAACAGCUCCAAUGCCCUCAGUCUGCUCAAGUACAGUGCCAGCAAGAAGUACAAUAUCUCCUGGGAGCUGGGCAAUGAACCAAAUAAUUACCGAACCCUCACAGGACGAGCAGUGAAUGGCACUCAGUUCGGCAAGGACUAUACACAGCUGAAGAGACUGCUACAGUUAAUCCGCACCUACUCCCGAGCCAGUCUGUAUGGGCCCAAUAUUGGGAGACCUAAAAAAAAUGUUGUCACUCUCUUGGAUGGGUUCAUGAAGGUGGCAGGGAACAUAGUAGAUGCAGUUACCUGGCAACAUUACUACCUUGAUGGCCGAGUGGCCAAGGUGACGGACUUCCUGAAAACACGCCUGUUAGACACACUCUCUGACCAGAUCAGGAAAAUCCAGAAAGUGGUCAAUGCAUACAUGCCUGGAAAAAGGAUUUGGUUAGAGGGUAUCGGGGCUGCUUCUGAAGGAGGCAUCACUAAUCUCUCAGAUUCCUAUGCUGCCAGCUUCCUGUGGCUAAACUCUCUUGGGAUGCUAGCGAGCCAGGGCAUCGAUGUGGUAAUGAGACAUUCAUUCUUUGAUCAUGGGCACAACCAUCUUGUGGACCAGAACUUUAACCCAUUGCCGGACUACUGGCUCUCACUGCUAUAUAAGCGACUUGUCGGACCCAGAGUACUUGCUGUUCAUGUUGCUGGACUGCAGAGAAAACCUCGCCCUGGCAGGGUGAUUCGUGAUAAGUUACGGAUCUAUGCUCACUGCACCAGUUACUACAACCAUAAUUAUGUCCGUGGUUCUAUCACAAUUUACAUUAUCAACUUGCAUCGGUCACGAAAGAAAAUCAAGUUGGUGGGGACCCUUCGGGACAAACUUGUCCAUCAGUAUGUGCUGCAACCCUAUGGUCAGGAAGGACUUCAGUCAAGGUCUGUGCAGCUUAAUGGACAGCUCCUCACUAUGUUGGAUGAUGGAACCCUGCCAAAUCUGAAGCCUCGUCCCCUUCGUCCUGGACGAACUCUUGUUAUUCCACCGCUUACUAUGAGCUUCUACGUGGUGAAAAAUGUUAAUGCCCUGGCAUGCCGGUAUCGGUAGCUCUACCAAACCCCACUGCUAAGGACAGACCUUGAGACCCUCUUGGGGCACUUCUUGGCAGGGGUGUGCACAGACCACCAGGAAAAGAGGACAGAAGUGCCUCCAGGAAAAUACUGCCUAUCCACAGAUGUUUCACAUGUUCUUAUGGUCCUAGCAUCCCCACCUGCUAUGGUGAUUUCCAAAUAAGCAGUAUUUUAAACCCUUUGCAAUUUUCUUAUAGAUUAUCAUAGAGUGGGGACUUUGUGCCACCUUGUGGGCAACAAAGAAGCUGUAAUAUGAAGAACUGUUCCUGGUUUUCUGUGCUCAGCAAGUGGAAAGUCAAGAUGCAUCCAUCACACCAGAGGCUACCAAAAAAGUAUCAGCAGGAAGAGGCUUAGAAUCUAAUAUUUCAGUUUUAUCCCUGUGGAUGGUGUGCCCCCUACUGGCAAGUGGCAACAGAACAAGCAAUGUAGCAAGGAAAACGCAGCUAGAAGAGCCAGAAUUGUAUCUUGAAGAAUUAAGCACCCAGUUAUGCUGCAGAAAACAAUCCAGACAUGAAAUUCUGGAGUGUCUCUAACUGCUUGAGCCUAUGGCAUUGUUGGAUGGAAAAGAAGAGGAUUGGUCUUGGCCACUGUAAAUAAUGCUGCCUCUUGGGAGCAUUUGUUGUAAAUGUUAACUAUUAAAUUAUAUUUUCUGAAAAGCUGAAAAAAAAAUACUUGUAAGAACUGAGAAAUUGAGGCUUUAAAAAAGUUUUCUACUUCUUGGAGCACCAAUCAAUUGUAUCAGGUGGUGCAUGAAAGAAUGACAGAAAGGCUUGUAAAUAUUUAAAAACAUCUAUUAUAUUUCUGUUUCAAUAUUCUGAAGCCUCUGCAUUGUACUAAGUCUGGGCUGCAAAACUCUGUAUGGCAGCAAAGAGCAAUAAUUUUCUGUGUCUCUUUGCUUUCAUGUAGUGGUCAUUCAGAUUUUUACAAACCAGAUCCAGUAGCUCUAUCCCUGCACUUUCUAAAAGUGGUGUUUAUAUUAAGUUAGAUGUCACAACUAAUUAUGAGCAACCAACAUUUGUUAUGUUAUUAAUAACCCUGCACACUUUUCCAGUCUGAGGAUCCAUCCUAUUGUUUACACUCCCAUGCACAAUAGCCUUUUAGAUACAGUCCACCCCACAUUAUUUAUCUCUAUUCAUUUCACCUAACUCAAAUGUUACUAAAAGAAGCAAAGAUCUAUACAGUGUUCUUCAAGAUUAAAUUAAGUUAGCCUGUGGGGGGGGGGAGAUAAUUCAGAUAUAAAGUCUUGGGAUUUUUUGGUUGACAUUUAAUGUAAAUGAUAACGAGAUUUAAAAUAAAAAAUGAAGCUUCCACGAUGUUAAUAUAUACUUCUUGUCAAAAGAAAAAGAAGAAGAGAGAGGAACUAGAAAAAAUGCAAAAGAAAGAACUUUUCACAAAUGCCAUCUAAUAAUAGUACUUGACUCUUUUAUACUUUUGUUAUCAGUGUUUAAAGUAUAAGUCUCACCAAAUAACUUGCCUAAUUAUUUAAUGGCCUCUCAAGUUCAAAAAUAGUUUUGACAUAAAUUUAAAGGUUUUAUUACAGAAUGAAAAUUUCUAAACUGGUUUUAUUGACCCUUUUAGCUCAUAAUUAUUUUGCUAUGUACAUGAUUGAUUUAAUUUCCCCUAGGACAACAUCCAAUUACAGGAAAAAAGUGUCAAUGUUGUCUUUAGGCAUGCAAGGCCAGGAAUAAAGCAAACUAAAUCCGAA